UUUCUUCUCCAGUACUAUUGGUUUUUACUUUUUUUUUAAGAAAAAGAAAAACAAUAUAUUUUUAUAAUCAUGUCUGGCAAAAAGAAAACUCAAAAACAAAAGAUGUCUCUGUCCGACUUUUUGGCCGAUGAAUCUAGUGGAUCAUGGGCUGAUGAAAUGUCGGAUCUUCCUUCUGCUCCUUCAGUAACUAGAGACGAAGGUGGUGCUUUUGGUGGUAGUGGUGGACGUUUUGAUGAUUUACCUCGUGGCCCUGCUCGCAACAAUGGUGGUGAUCGCUUUGCUCGUGAAGAUAGACAUGAAGGUGGUUUCCGUGAACGUGAAGGUGGUUUCCGUGAACGUGAAGGUGGUUUCCGUGAACGUGAAGGCGGUUUCCGUGAACGUGAACGUUCUUUCCCUCCUCGUGCUCCUGCUGUUUUACCUACUGAUCCUCCUUUCACUGCCCAUAUUGCUAACUUAUCGUUUGAUGUCACUGAAGAUGAUUUGGCUGACUUCUUCUCCAAUAUGAAGAUUGUCCACCUUCGUAUCUUACGUGACCGUGAAAGUGAUCGAUCCAAGGGUUAUGGUUAUAUUGAAUUUGAAGAUCUUGAUUCUUUGAAGGCUGCUUUGGAAUUAUCUGGUGAAUCUCUUCAAAACCGAGCUGUUCGUGUCAAUGUUGCUGAUCCUCCCAAAGAACGUCCCGAACGCCCUGAACGUCAAGAUCGCACCAAUGUAGGUUCGUGGCGCCGUGAAGGACCUGUUGUUCUUCCUGAACGUCAAGAACGACCUGAACGAUCUGAACGCCAUGGUGGAUUCCGUGAUCGUCAUGAACGUCCUGAACGUACUUUUGUUGACCGUCGAUCUGAUACUUCUUGGAGUGGUGGUGCUUUCAACAAGGAUGGUAACCGUCGCCGUGAUCCCCCAGCUGAACGCCCUCGUUUGAACCUCUUACCUCGUACAAUCAAUGCUAACAAGUCGGAAGAUAAGUCAUCAUCAACUAAAGCAAGUCCUUUUGGUCUCGCUAAACCUGUCGACACAAGCAAGGUUUUGGAACGUGUAGAAGACAAAAUUCAACAUUUGAAGGUCGAUGAUGGCAAGAAGGAAGAAUAGAAUAGUACAUCUUAUUAUUAUUUUACUCCAUUUUUAUUUUAUUUAGUGUCCCAUACCACUACCCCCCCAACUCUUCCCUUUUUGAUAAAAACACAUAUACAUAUUAUUUAUAUGUAUGCACACGCAAAUCUCUCACUUCCUUAUCUUUUUCAUCUACAUCACUGUUUUUGUUCCAUGUUUUUAGUUAUAAUAUAGUUUAUUAUUAUUAUUAUUGUUUCUUUGUUCCAAAAAGUGUUAUAUAACUGAUUGGUACAUUCAUUCUAUCUUAUACACAUCUACAAAUAAAAAAAAAAGACAUUUUCAUUCUCUAUAC